UCUUUGGAUAUUAUAGUGUUUUUAACUUAGAUUUAUCUGAAAUAGAGCCAUCAACGUAAAGUUUCAUAGCAUUUAAUAAAUCGCUGAAGAUUUUAUGUGAUAAGGCUGAAUAAAACGCGAGAUGGAAACUGAUGAAAACGACGUGUUCGGUCACCGCUUGAAGGAGCUUACCGACGAAGAGAAGCAACGUUUAGAGGCGCAAAACUCCCGCUUAAUACCCGAGGCGAAGGCUCAAAAGCUCGAACGCGACGCUAAGCGUCACUGGGACAUUUUUUACAAGCGAAACGAGACCAAAUUCUUCCGCGACCGCCAUUGGACCACGCGUGAAUUUCAGGAGCUUAUUAAUUUCGAUCCCGAGCAGAAAAUGACUUUCUUAGAGCUCGGUUGCGGAGUCGGCAACAUGCUGUUUCCUCUAGUAGAAGAAGGGUUCGAUAAUUUCUAUUUCUACGCGUGCGACUUUUCGCCGCGUGCCGUUGAGUUCGUAAAGAAUAAUAAGCUCUAUGAUCCUAGCAAGAUGACUGCUUUUUGCGCUGACUUGACCACUGAAGAGUUGUUCGAGAACGUUCCGGAAGCAAGCGUGGAUAUAGCUAGUCUUAUUUUCGUCCUGUCUGCCAUUCAGCCGGCGUGCUGGGAGACAGUGGCUAAGAACGCAUUGAGAGUUCUACGUCCGGGCGGGAUUUUGCUGUUUCGAGACUACGGUCGGUACGACAUGGCUCAGUUGAGGUUCAAACCAGGCCACAAGAUUGCUGAGAAUUUCUAUGUGCGCCAAGAUGGGACUAGGAGCUACUAUUUCACCGAAGAAGAACUGGCGUCUCUGUUCACCAAUGCAGGCUUCGAGAUCCUCGCCAACAGCUAUGUGCAGCGGAGGACAGUCAACUUCAAGGAAGGUGUGGACGUGCCUAGGAUCUUUGUGCAGGGGAAAUUUAAAAAGAAGGACUGAGAGUUGCCGGGAAGAUGUGUGAGUGAACAGGAAGAAUUAUAUUCAAUUGGUACUAAACACGUUGCUCCCUGCCUGAUGAUGCAUAAGAAUGAAUAGCAGCCAAUGGAGACUGCUGUGCAGUUUGAUUGAUACCAGCUCUACGUACUCGCUGCUGAGCCCCGAUUUUGUCAAGAUGCUAAUAGAAUACGAAAAAGUGCGCACUUGAUAUUCAUUGGCAGAUGGUCGAUAACUUUCUGCUUGAACAUUGGAGGUACUGGGAAGGAGCGGUGACAUGACAAAGCAUAAAAUGGCGGAACGGCAUUUACUGACUUAUCCAACCUCGACAUUGGCAGAAUCAACAACAUCUUGAUGGAGCCAUAACACGAAAAAUUGAUUGAUUGAGGUAUGCCGCUCUUGGUAACGAAGAAUACGUGAUAUAUUGAGGUACGGAACUCCACUGGACAUAUCGGAAACAAAUGAUAUACGUUUCUGUAUUGAGGUGUGCAAUAAAGAGUAUUUGUAUUGUAUAUAAUUAUAAUAUAUUGGUUUAUUUGUCAUGGUCGCAUAAUAAAGUUUACGUAAUGAA